CCCCCCCCCCCCAUUAGACCCCUGUAAACGCACAUGCGCACUUGGGUGGCGGGUGGAUACUUAAGGCGCGGCCACCGCGGCUGCGGCAGUGCGCCCAACAGCGGACUCCGAGAGACCGGCGGCCCUCGGCGAACCGCAGCCUUCGGCACACUCACUCUCGACGACCCAUUCUCGGAACCAUGGCGGCGGUGGCAGUAGCAUCGGCUGAACUGCUCAUCAUCGGCUGGUACAUUUUCCGCGUGCUGCUGCAGGUGUUCCUGGAAUGCUGCAUUUACUGGGUAGGAUUCCCUUUUCGAAAUCAUCCAGGGACCCAGCCCAUUGCAAGAAGUGAGGUGUUCAGGUACUCCCUGCAGAAGCUGGCGUACACCGUGUCGAGGACUGGGCGGCAGGUGCUGGGAGAGCGCCGGCGGGCCCCCAACUGAGGCCGCAGCCCCCAGCCCUGGGCGGCCUUGUCACCAGGUGCUCCUGUGCAUCUCACCCAGCAUGGGAGCCAGUGUUGCCC